AUGGAUGUCGACAAUGCGGGCGCCGGAAACGUACAAGACGAACAUAACAGGUAUUCCCCUCUAUUUUUUCUAAAAAAAAAGCUCGAAAACCCUUCUAUUCUAGGUCAUCGCCAAAAUCGCGCAGAACGCGCCGAUCGGCGGUCAACGUCACGCGAUGCUCCACGAGAAUGAAUCAGAGAAGUUUCUCGAAUUUCUGGUCCGUCGAGAACUUUUCCGUGCAGCUGGAGCUUCACACCCCAUCGGAAUUCAUGAUGGCGCCGUGAGUUGGCUCAAAAAAUGUUGGAAUUUCAAAAAAAUUGGCAAUUUUACAGAAAAUUCGGCGACGCCGACUACGAGUUUGUGAUGAAACUGUUUCCGAACGGAAAAGACGAGGAUACGGCCGGCUAUCUUUCGCUUUUUCUGCUUAUAAACAGUACGCGGGGGGAUAUCCUAAACAUUAGACCAAAAAUACCUAACGUUUCCUCCUAGAUGGCCUAGAAACCCAAACCUUUUCCAGAAUGUCCGAAUCCCCGCCUACGCUUCCGCGUCUCGUUCACCGUCGAAACGGCGGACGGUCCGCGCAGCUGCCAUCUCAACAAAAAUCUGGUGACGAUCAAUCGGAGCGGAAUUGUGACCGCCUCGAAGUUCUUCUCGCUCGACAUUCUCAAAGUACGGUAGUCUUUCUACGUUUUUAGCGGAAAGUAGAUUUAUGAAAAAAGUCUCGUUUUUUCUCAAUUCUCACCAUUUUGUUUGCAGACGGCGCCAUCGGUGUACAUUCCGAACGACGUGCUCACAAUCGGCUGCGAUCUGACGAUUUACGCGGAGCCCGUCACGAUGACGACCAAAUUGUCGCCGUACUCGAGAGGAAACGCGAGUUUGCUCCGUGCCUCCUUUUCUGCAAACGGACAAUCUUCGUCGAACAGCUCCAUUCACAGCCUGCCCGUCGAUCAGAUCGACCCGGAGUGCGGCGGUGAGCACGGCGUUUUUGAACGUAUUCACUUACUUUGGUUUUCAACGACACUCUGUGCAUAGACCUUUGGGGAAGACUUCGAGACUUUUGUAAAGGUCUCUUGGCUCUUAAAAACAUUAGAAUGGGAAGACAGUGGAGAGAAAAAGAAACGGUGGUCCUGGCCAAGAAUUGGCGGCAGGAGUGCGUUCCCAACGACACUCCGCCGUUGCGCUGCUUCAGUUCAAAUGAUUUUGUCUCAAAACAUUUCAAUCAAAGUUCGGGUCCGACGCACUUUUGACAAUUGCCAAUUUAGAACAAAAUUGCUCAAUGGGAAAUGAAAACACACGUGAUUCUAAAACACUACAACAGAAUAGAACUCGCUACGUAAAAAAACGGGGCGGAAUGAAAAUGCUACUUAACACAGAGCUGUAACGACACAUUCCCUAGUUUGUAGAAAUCGUUUUCAAAUCCAUGGAAAAUGAAUUUAAUUUUGCAGACGGCUUCCUGGAGCUGCUCUCGUCGGGCGAGUUCUCCGACUUCACCGUCGUCUCGUCGGACGGCCGCGAAUUCGCGGUGCACAUGUGCGUGCUCUCCUCGCGUUCCGAGUACUUCAAAGCGCUCCUGCGCAACAAAGGCACCAAGGAGUACCAGGAGAAGACGGUCACUUUCGAGGACAUGUCCGCCGAGACCAUCGAGAUUGUGCUCAACCACAUUUAUACGGACAGAACGGAGCACGUGCCGCUCGAGGAGCAUCAUCUCACGUCGGAGCUCAUUUGUGCCGUCGAUAGGUACGCGGAAGUGUCUAGGUUUUGGUGGGAAAAGAGAAUUGGAGCAGGCGUGGGCAAAUUUCGGCCCAAAGUUUUAGAUGGCUUGAACUUUUGACCUACUUGGAACAAUCCGAUCGGGUUCAAACUUUGCAGGCUUCUAGGACUUGGAUUGAAGUAUUCGGGGGCCAAGUUUCAGACCCAUCGGAUCAUCCGGUCCGGAGAUAUGUGGAGGCCUGGUUUUUGCAAAAACUGUGCAUAUCUCGGGACCAUGUGAUCGGAUCGGCCUGAAACUUGGACCCAAUAAACUUCAAACAAAGUCCAGGAAGCCUGCAAAGUUUGGGCCCGAUCGGAUUAUUGCCUUUUGCCCAACCCUCGCCUGGAGAAAUACAAAUUCUUAUGUGGUAAGAAGAAUGAAAUUUUGAAGGAAAAUUGAAAGAGUUUGGCGAACACACAAGAAUCGAAAUGCUUCCGAAAACAUUCCAUAUUUUGCAGACUGAUGAUCUCGUCGUUGGUGCGCGACAUCGCCGACAUUCUGAACACGAACAUCACGAAGGAGAACGUGGUGUCGCGGAUCGGAAUGGCCGCCCAACUGCGUCUUCACGAGACCUACGGCACGCUCCUCAACUUUUUCGCCGACAAUAGCAAAGACUGCCUCGAGAGUCAGGUACUCAUUCCCCUAUCUUAAAUACAUCUCUAAAAAGUCAGAUUUGCAGGAGUGGUCGGAUCUGAAGGUGGAGCAGCAAGGACUGACGAUCAAGAUCCUCGAAGACGCGCUUCUGAUCACGGAUCCGCGCGAAUCGGGACUCGAUCGCCGAAUCGCCGACCGAAUUAUCACUCUUUCGUAG